GGAGGGGGAGAAUGAAAUGCCCAUUUUACUUUUUUAACCUUGCUGGUGACUACUCUCUAACUGAAAACUAGUCAAACAUGCAUCCCAUUUUGAAAUACAGUGUCUGAAUGCAAACUUUGUGCAAUGGCGAGAGCAAAUCCCAUAGUCAACAAACCAAGCAAGAGAAGCGCACUCAAACCCAUCUUUCCCCUGUUUUAAAGAGUAAUUUAUAUGAAAAAUAAAAGCUUAAAAGGACGCGUGACUUGUUGUGCAAAAGAUCUGUUUUGAGUUGGUGUGAAAAGGCAGCUGAAUCAUUGAACGCGGUUUAGGGGAGAGACUGGGUGUGGACAGGAAGUGAUGUCACAAUAGGGAAACAGCAUGUGUAGAGGUUCCUCAUUGCAUAUCUUGGAGAUGGAAGAGGCUGUAUCUAACAAACGACAGUAAACUGUGAUCAAGAGCCUGUGAAGUUGACAUAAGAAAUUCUUUUUCCUCCUUUCUCCUUCAUUUUACCUCAUUCUACCACUCUGUUUGAUCCAAAUUGGUUACAGUGUUCAAAGAAAAGUUUGUUGUAUGAUAGAUUUUCUUUGUAAUAAAAAAAAUCAAACAGUGAGAGCACACAUUUGGCAGCAGUACAUGCACAUCAAUGUUUUUUCCCCUCUUAUAGAAAACUUUUGUUGGGUUUUUAAAAGCGUUGUAUAAGCAUAGUUUGCCUCACUUUUCCCAAUUUUACAUUAGAAACCGUUCUAGCAACCGAAGAGGGAUAUGAAAUAACUGUGGGCUGCUUUGGUUUCUGUCCAAGCUGGAUGCCUUCCCCUUUUUAAAAACUAUUUAUUAUAUGCACAAUUGCAUACAUGGAAUUUGUGCGUAAAAUAAAUGUAGUAUAAUUAUUUACCAAAAAAAUUAAAAUAAAAAAAGCUAACGUUUACUUUUAACUACCUGCUUUGACAUCUUACGAGGCCGGGCUUUGAUGAGUCCAGGUUUUUUCAUACUGAAGGGGAAGUUCUUGUAAUCAGUUGCCCUCAGUCAUGGGUAUGUGAGGAGUGCUCCGUUGCGCUCAGAUCUUUGUAAAUGGAUUCGUCUUUAGAGAGCUCCACUUCAUCUAACGGUGACCCGGUGCGCUGUCGUCGUACCUGUAAGAUCAUUGUGAUUGGAGAUGCCGGUGUCGGUAAAACUUGUCUUACUCAUCGCUUCUGCACCGGACAGUUUCCCAGCAGAACAGAGGCUACGAUCGGGGUGGAUUUUCGGGAGAAACUCAUUGAUUUAGAAGGCGAGAGAAUCAAAGUACAGCUGUGGGAUACGGCUGGUCAAGAGCGAUUUCGUAAAAGCAUGGUGCAGCACUACUAUCGCAAUGUGCACGGAAUUGUCUUCGUCUUCGAUGUCACCAACCCUGCUAGUUUCUGCAAUCUUCCCAUGUGGAUGGACGAAUGCCGUCAGCACUCUCUCGGUCUGGAUAUACCCCGUGCUCUCGUUUGUAACAAGGCCGAUCUGGUCACUUCAGCCACUGCUUCUGUGUUGUUCGAUCAGGCUCGACAUUUGGCUGAAGUCCACGGAAUGUCUUUUUAUAUUACUUCAGCCAAAGGUCGCAAGGGGGACCUUGUAGACAGCGUCUUUGUGACCCUGGCGCAGAGGCUGAAGAGCCAGAGAAGGGAGAGUGUGAAUGAAUUAGUGUUACAGUGCAGAUCUGAGAGCUUUAAUUUACCAGCAAAAGUCAUAACGGCGGAGGAGACCAAGAAGAAAUGGACCUGCAUCUGCUGACUGAUGAAUGAACGUGUGUUUGUUUCAGUAAAUAACAGUAUGAACUUUGAAAAUAACAGGUCGGUGAUCUUGUGGCAAAGUGUGGUUCAAUUGCCGCUUGGAUUUUUAUAGACAUCUCACACUCUUGGUUUGGUGGACAAGGUCAAGGCUACUUCAGACAACAUAAUCUGUACCUCUUAUAAUGAAACAAACAGCAAGGUGAGAUUUGAUUUAAUUUCCAGUUUCUUUGGGGGCUUUAAAACAGUUUAUCCUUGGUUGAUCUAUUUAGCAGUCAACAGCCUUCUUGUUGAGUAUAGUGACUUCUUGUCAAGAAUAAUGUUGGUCAUUAAAUGAGGUUGAAAGUUGCUCCAAAAUAACUUAAUGGGCAAGUUUAGAUGUCUAUUAAUUUGCUUUAUCCUGGAGUUAUGAGACUAAUGUGAAGCUUUUUUGAUGACAGCUAAAUCCUGUACCUGUGCUGCUCUUUGUGCUGAAUCAAGGCAAAAGUGACUAAUCACAUCCUCAGAGUAUAUUUUGGCAUUUUUGUUCUCGUUCUGUUCAAAAUAUUGCAUGAAUGGGAAUCAAUGCUUUUUUUAAAAUGCUUUAUUUUCUUAACUCUUGUGCUGCAUUGAAAAUCCUGUAUGUAAUUGGUGUUUCUGAUUGGUUUCUGUAAAAAAUAUAUAUAUAUAUUAAAAAAUUAUUUUAAAUUUUUA